ACUAUAAAGAAUCACAAAAAUGAUGAUGGUUACCAUAAUUAUGUUGACGGCGAAAGUAUUGAUCAAUGUCUAUACAUACGCCACACUUCCUUACUAUUACUUUAGCCAAAAACCUUGGCUAAAGCUAAACAAAGCCCAGAGAUGUCGGACCCGAUUAGUGGUGCCAACGGACGCGGCCGACAGCCAUUGGGUACGCGAUGAACCCGAACUGACUCAUUCAGUUAUGCGCCCGACUGUUACCGAGAUACUAAACAACCUGGUUGAUUAUCAUGGUCCUAAUACACCAAUUUUAGCCUAUCGGGAAAUACUAUCAGUCGAAGAGUUGAGGGGAUCCGACGGUAAGGCCCGGCGAGUGGACGGCAGACCGUUACGACAGUAUCGGCUCAGCGGUUAUAAGUGGCUGACGUACGGCCGGGUGGACACAAUCACCACUUCCCUGGCCAGAGGGUUGGCGGCCAAUGGGGCCCACUUUCAAGACAGGAUAUUAAUACUAUCCGAGACACGGCUCGAGUGGUUUUUGUGCGCUCAGGCCGUCGCUAAACUCGGCGCUUGUAUUGUUACACUAUCUCCCAAUCUAAGUGAUGAAGGAAUUGCAUACGGCAUAAAUCAGACUGAAAUCAAACUAAUGAUAGUCUCCCGCGAUUUGGUGCCCAAAAUACAGUCACUUAUUGACAAAAUACCGACCGUUCGUACAAUAAUUUACAUGAAUGGCAAUAAUUUACAGCCAGAAACCAAACCCAACGACAAACAAAUUACCGACUUUCCCGAUACUAUCCAUGUGUUGUCUAUGCAAGAGUUAGAGUUGAAUGGCGCCCAUUGGUCAGAGAUUGUGCUCAAGACACCUGCGCCCGACGAUCCCUUUAUCAUAAUAUACACGUCGGGCACUACGGGUGCGCCCAAAGCCGCGGUGGCCACCCAUCGGCAAAUGGUGAACGGGUCGGCCAACGGGUGGCUGUCGCUAUUUAAAGAGAUCAUAGCCGACGGCACCCGUACCCACACGUAUGUGGCCUUUCUGCCGUUGUGUCACGUGUUUGAGCUAACCAUUGAAUUCUUCCUCUAUUACGUGGGCGUGAAAAUAGGCUACGCCACUACAUUCACACUAACCGAGUCGGGUCCGGGUCUGGCGCCGGGCGAACGGUGCGAUAUAUCGCUGUUGCGGCCGACGGUUAUGAUAUGCGUUCCCCUAAUGCUUGACCGGAUAGCGAAGGGUAUUGGGGCGCGUCUGAGCGCCCAGUCGUCCCUUUCAGCGCAAAUGUUUGCUUAUAUAAUGGCGUAUAAAUCGCAAUGGACUCAACGCGGCUAUCGCUGUCCGAUUGUAAACAAACUUGUUUGCAGUAAAUUGCGGCAACAAAUGGGCGGUCAGUUAAAGUUGGCAAUUGUGGGCUCCGCCCCUCUCAGUCCCACCACACAGGCCACAAUUAAAGCAGCGCUUGAUAUUGUGCUUGUUCAGGGAUACGCAGCGACCGAGACAUUGUGUGCUGGAUUAGUGCCCUUGAAGUUUACGUUAGAGUUGGGGCUCCCAUACAUACACAGCAACUUUCAACAAGCAGUCUAUGUCAAUGCCGAGGCCCAGUCUUAG